AUGGCGCUAUCCAAACACGCCAUUCCUUCAUUGUCCGAAUACCAGUGCCAGAUAUGUCUGGAAAUUCUAAUAGAACCUGUGACUCUGCCUUGUAACCACACGCUGUGUAAGCCGUGCUUCCUGACGACCAUGGAAAAGGCGAAUUUAUGCUGUCCUUUCUGUCGCCUCUGGGUAUCUUCAUGGACUCGGUACCAUACUCGAAGAAAUUCUCUUGUCAAUAUGGAACUGUGGGAGAUGAUUCAAAAACACUACCCAAAGGAAUGCCAGCUCAGAAUUUCUGGGCAAGAAUCAGAGAAAGAAGUUGAAGACUACCAACCAGUUCGCGUGUUAAGUACUCCCGGGGAACUGAGAAAAGAAUAUGAAGAGGAAAUGAGCAAGAUGGAGGCAGAGCGCCGGGCCCGGGAAGAAGAGCAAUGCAAAGCUAGUGAAGAAUACAUACAGAAAUUGUUGGCAGAGGAGGAGGAGCUAGAGAAAAAGACAAGACGGAGGCAGAGUGACCUGGACUUGAAAAAGGAGGAACAGGCAAGAAACCUAAGCGCCAACAGUUCCUCUGACGGAAGUAUCUUGGCUUCUCCUCUGAAUUCUGCAGAAUCUGAACCAGUUGCAACAAAGUCACAAAAGAAAAGAAAGAACAAACAAAGACAUAUUGAAGACAGGUAUUUGUCACCUCUGCAUCAAUUUGAGCCAGCAUCACAGUCUGAGGUUGUACGAGAAGUCAGAAAAAUCUACGUAUCCGAAAACAUGGACAGUGAUGGUAAAAGCCCAAUGCAGCAAGAAAUUGAAGAAAACAUGCCAACAGUUUCUUCACGAAUAGGCCUUGAAAUUAAAAAACAAGGUGCAAAGUCUUCCAUGGAGACACCUGUGCCACGGUUGUAUGUCUCUGGUAUGGAAAAACACCUUGAAGGUAAAGCCCAAACCAGCCCAAGCUGUUGUCAUAAAGAGUUGUUUGUCGUGCUUGAAAGACUUAAACCUGGAGCUCACCACUCUAUACAAGCUGCAGUCAAGCCUUAUGGCAAAGCUCAGAGUAAGAGCACUACACCGAAAACUGGAAACAACACCUUUGAGAAACAAAAAGGGUCUCACCUACUGAUCAGCAAAAGUAUUGCCAAAAGAAAAAAUGAGGAAUCUUCAUCUGAAGCAGUCAACAAUCCACGCUGUUCUGCAAAAAGAGAACUGUUCCAGAAAUCUCCCUCGGAUGAAGAGGAAUCAGAAGUAAGCUUCACCCAAAAAAUGAUGACUUUGGAGCACCAACUUUUUGAGAGACAUAAACAAGAAGAAGAGGAUAGGUUGUUGGCGAUACAACUUCAGAAGUCUGUGGAUAAACAAGAAAUGUAUCCAAAUCGGCAAAAAGGAUCCCCAGAUGGGUAUCCUUUGCGAGCUGCAUCCUCAUCUCCAUCCAACUUGGUAAGAGAAGGGAAGUACAAAAAAAAAGUCCAGAAGAUAAACUGA